AUGAGUUCUGCAUCCCCCACCCACACGUAUCGCACCGUCAGCGCGGCAUGGACCGAAGGCCGGCUGGAGAACGUGCUGCAGCGGCAAAAGGAGCUAGCUGCUCUGCACAGCAGUGUCAAGAAAUCAUCUAGUCGCUUGAUCAACGCUCUCAAUCAAGAUUUACACACUACUGACGAGAGCGCCACUGAAGAACUUCAGUUGACGCUUGACUCGAUCAGACAUCUCUACGACGGCCUCAACUUCCCAGCCAGCCUCGCAAACGAGCGAUCGAUCAAACAAGGCGCUAGUCUAGUAGACAACCUGGUGCCACUAGGGCCAACACUCAUUGACCCAGCCCCUCAUGCCCCAGUUGCCAGCACACUCAUCCCGCUAGCAGCGGCUGUGGCAGCUGGAAGUACGGUAGUCGCAUUGGCGCAUUCAUCGGUUCCAGCGGUUAACGAUGUGUUGCGACAAGUGCUUAGAGAGGGCAUCGAUAUUGAAGCCGUUGGCCUCACCGACAACGACUCUGCUAACACGCGCCAGCAACUCGGUCUGAAGCCGUGGGGCGUCGCAGUGCUGCAAAACGUACGCGAGCACGCUAGGAUAGCGAAGCUUGUCUCUCAAGCGAACCCGCUGGUGCGCAGCCUCUCACCGCCAUCAGGCAUUUGCGCCGUCUUCAUCGACCGCAGUGUUCAAGAUAUCGCGGCUGCGGCAAGCCAUCUCCACCAUUCUGUCCUCACCACUCCACGGCAUCAUCCUUUGCGACUCCCCAGGCUUUGCUUUGUUGACGAAGCAAUCAUUGGUGACUUGGAGGCACUUUUGCUUAGCGCUGGUUCGGGGUCCAUUGAACCGCUACAAUAUGAUGACGACGACGACAAGACCCAGGCCUUGUAUAAGCAGCUCAAGUCUGUAUUUCCCUCGCUGUCUAAAAAGACUUCCAUUGGCACAUCCCUCUCGCUUUCCCCGGUGGUAGCCUUAAAGCGGUCCGAUCCCAUCACUGCCGAAGCUAUCCGCCUAGUUGCUCAGUCGAUCGUAGAUUGCCACAGCGGAAUACUUUUAAUUCCCACUCGAAGCCUCGAUCAUGGCAUAGACCUAUUAAACAAGGUAAAUGACAAGAUGCCUUCCCAAGCGACCUAUGUCUUUGGAGAGUCCAAGCCAAGUUUCUACGUUGCCGCAUUCAGCAAUACUGUCCAAGUCUUCAUCAAUGCUAUUCCACCAUGUUCACUUAUCGCUGUUGCGCCUAAUUCGGCCUCCGUAUCCAACCGCGUCCUGUACUCGAGGGAAGACUUUUCAGUCAACAAGCCUGUUAGCCAGGUCUCCCUCAGGUCUGCGACGGCGGUUAAGAUCGACUCCAAGCCAGUGUGGUCUUUGACGUCGCAUACCUUACGUUUGGGGAAGAUCAAGCAGCCUAAGGGAGGAAGACUCAGUUAUUUCGAGCGUGGCCUAAUUCUUGGAUUGGCUUUAAGUCUCGUGGCCAUCUCGGGAUUAUCUGUGGGUGUUCAUCGUGCUGGCCAAGUGUAUUUCAGGCGUACAUGA